UAACAUGUAUGUGCAAGGAGGGAGAUGGUUGAUAGUACGAGUGUAUAUAUAUCGACACAUUCGCUAACCAUAUGUCAUUCCAUUACACAGUUCGUAGAUCACUUUCUCUUCAAACCUCCAACUAACCAAAGAUACGACGACAACAUCAUGUCGAUUAAAAAGGAAAAAAUUGGAAUCAUUGGCAGCGGCUUAAUCGGACGUAGCUGGUCGAUGCUGUUCGCCAGUGUAGGAUAUCAGGUCAGUAUUUAUGAUAUCGACCCGAACCAAAUCACGAAAGCGCUAGACGACAUUGGUUCGCAACUGAAACAUCUCGAAGACAAUGGUGUUCGCAGAGGUACUUUGAAGGCGAGCGAACAAAUUAAACUGAUAAAAGGAUCGAGUGAUUUGGUGGAUACAGUCAAGGGUGCGAUAUUGAUACAAGAAUGCGUACCGGAGAAUCUUCCGCUGAAGAUGAAACUCUAUGACGAACUUGAUAAAAUAGUCGACAAUAAAGUGAUUUUAUCUUCGUCGACGUCCACGUUUCGUCCGUCUCUUUUCAGCGAGAAAUUGAAGCACCGUGACCAAAUUAUAGUUUCCCACCCUGUGAAUCCUCCGUACUACGUGCCUCUGGUGGAAAUAGUACCAGCUCCAUGGACACGCACUGAUGUUCGUGAGAAGACAAAGACCAUCAUGAUGGAGAUUGGCCAGACACCUGUUCUCCUCAAUAAGGAAGUCGAUGGUUUCGCGCUCAAUAGGAUACAGUAUGCGAUCUUGAAUGAAGCUUGGAGGUUGGUAGCCGACGGAGUUCUAAGCGUAAAGGACAUUGACGCAGUAAUGAGCGAAGGUCUCGGAAUGCGCUACGCGUUUCUCGGUGCGUUUGAAACCGCGCACUUGAACGCGGAAGGAAUGAAGAAAUAUUGUGAAAUGUAUAAUAAGUCGAUUUAUGACGUGAGUAUGACUUCUGGACCGGUUCCAAAAUUCGUCGGUGAAAUGGCAGAGAAAAUUAGCGACGAAUUAAACGAGAUGUGCCCACUUAAUCAGCUACAGGAACGACGAGCGUGGCGUGACAUCGCUCUAAUGAAGUUGUCCGCACUCAAGAAAAAGUUGAAUAAGGACAAGCAAUAAAUAUACUUGUAUAUAAACUCUAAGCGCGUUUUGUUUUAAUCUAUAAUUUAUAAAAUUGACUUGUAUAAGAUGUAAGACGAUUCUACUAAUUGUAAAGAAAAUUUAUAUUUUUUGACUAUAUAAAUUAGAUUUUUAUGGUUAUGAAGUUUUUCGACAUAAAAUAUAAUAUCAGGCAUAACUCAAA